AUGAUGGAUGUUGAGAAGGGCAAGGCAACCUCCGGCGUGCCCAAGGUCAAGCCUGAGGCCAACAAGAAAAAGGUCAAAGAGUCACGCUCUCGAAAGUGGCCCCUUUUCUGGGCAUUAGUUCUCAUCUGCUCCGGUAUCCUCAUCGGUGCCCUCUGCGGAUACUUUGGGUUUUCUCGUUCUGACCCCUCCUCCCCUGGUGAGACUGUGAUCGCAAUCCAAGCUGCUGGCACCCACCAUCACAAGGCCCGCCGUGACCAGACUGCUGCUUCGUACCCUAUCUCGACCAAGACUGCACUGUCUACCAUCUAUGAGGUCAGACACACUCCCACUCUUGAGGUCGAGACUGUGUUCGAGACUGUCACUGGCACUACCUACGUUACUGCACCUACUGAGGUCUCCACUUCCGUGCCAGCUACCACUAUCGAGGAAACUACCGAGUACUGCGAGGAUCAGGCCGUUACCAUGACAGAGACUGUUACUGUCAUUGUCACCCCUGACGAAAGUCCUGCAGCUACCUCUGACGCUCUCCCUGGAACGCCUGUCAUUGUCACCGAAGAGCCUCAAACGGUUACAGAGACCGAAAUCGACACUUCUCUCACUAGCGGUCUUCCAGAUGCCAUCGUCACCGGCAACCCGGAAACUGUCACAGAGACUAACAUCGAUACCUCGGUCACCAGUGGUCUUCCAGAUGCUAUUGUCACUGGAAAUCCAGAGACUGUCACAAAAUCCGAAACAGACACCUCGAUCACUAGCGACCUUCCGGAUGUCACCGUCACUGGCAAUCCAGAGACCGUCACUGCCACAGAAGUUGACACUUCGGUCACCAGUGGUCUUCCAGAUGCUAUUGUCACUGGUAACCCAGGCACUGUCACAAAGUCAGAGACAGACACCUCGGCAACCGAUAGCGUCUUCACAACCAUCACCGUCUCAAACGUUUUCCCCCCUGCGCCGCGAAGCACUGUGACGUCGUGCACCACAUAUGUUCUGACACUUCCCUAUCCGAAACCUACAAGCAUCGUUGGUGUUCCUCCUGAAAGCACGUUCACCACGACGAUCUACGAAACCGAGGGUGAUGCUUCCACCUCUACCACGACAGUUCUCGUUCCCCCAUCCCCUUACCCUCCUUACCCAACCGCUAAUGACACUUUGUUGCCUGUAAGCACCGGCAACAGCCCCAUUGUGCCUCACAUGCCCACUCCUACUCCAGUCAUUAUCUCCGGCGGCACCAAGAAGCCCGAGCCUCGAGGUUGGGGUGGCACCAGCGGAACCACCAACCUCAGCUGUACUGUCAUGCUUGUUGCUGUUAUCAUGUUUCUCCUUUAA